AUGGGCCAAACUACAGACGAAAAACUCGCCAAAUUGGGACAGAUAUUUCCUGAGUAUGAUGAGGCGGGCCUCUUAGAUGUGCUUGUAAGUUGUGACGGAUCAGUUAAGCGCUCAGCCAGAUUUCUCGGGCGUGAUGACAACGAAGCCAAUGUGGUGGGCGGCUACACUGGGGCCAAGCGCUUGAAAUCUCAGCAAACGUUAUCUCGAUUCUUGAAGGGCACGCCAAGCGAAAUCAAAUCGGGCGUUGACCGGCGUCAAGGGAAGGUAAUUGAUCUUCACACAAAGGAUGAAAUAGAAAAAACUUUACGAUACUGCUCCUAUCAUACUGAUGUUCUGCCCAAUGAGCUCGCCGAUGGCUUACUCCGAUCCACCAUGAAUGACCCAGGUUACAAGGCAUCUCAGUUUUAUCUGUUUGGCAACAAAUGCGUUUCCAACCACAAGUCCCGUCUUUUCUUACCGGAAAGCAGGAAAGAGCCUUUUUUUUACAACGGUCACGAAGUUAAAGACUACGGUUGGUACGGCGAUGAGAUGAUGCUCGCCCAAGUUAUAAUAGAAGACUUGGUGAACGUGGAAUUGACUAAAAGAAAGCGUCUUCCGUUCCAAGUCAAACCUGGCGAGUGGGUCGCACAGGCGGCUUUAUCAAAUUCCUAUAACGAAGGCAGUAAUCUUGAUUGGCACUCAGAUCGGAUGACUAACAUCGGGCCGCACCCUGUGAUCGCCUCUCUGUCCCUCGGCUUCUCACGCGAGUUUAGAAUUCGCAAAGGUUAUCCUUCAAAUUCCCAAAUAUACUCUAUAAGACCCAAGCACAACUCAUUGAUCAUAAUGCAUGCUGGUUUUCAGGAAGAGUACAAACACUGUGUACCUUUGAUACCAAAAAGGUCCAAAAUACCAACCGACGAUCUAAACCCGAUAUCACAUACAAAAAGAAUCAACAUCACAUAUCGAAAUUAUUUGCUCAAGAACACUAUAUUCUGCAAGGAUUGUGGAUCCGCCAUGGAUCUACGCCGGAUGUUCAAGGACCCUCAAAAAAGGGGAAGAUACUUUUACCUAUGCAGUAGGAGCUACACGGAAGCCAACGGUUUUAAAGAUGGUAAUGAAUGCAAAGGAUUUUCAUACGCCAACUUCCAGAAUGAUCCCCCUUUAACAGAUAACGAAGACCACUGCUCGUCGUGGAUAGCUGAAGAUGACCAUGAAGCUAUAUAUUUCAGAGAUCAAGCUGACAGAAGUCAGAUGCCUUUCAAAUCAUCCACGUGA